AUGGACCGCAAGUUUGCUCCCCGGCGCGGCAACACCUUCUGGUCCCGGGCCAAGUAUUAUCUGCCCAUCCUCGAGUACGACAACCGGCGACGGCUCGCCCAGAGACUCUACCGCCGUCGCGGCAUCCGCAUCCUCGUGCGAAACUGGCGCCUGAUCCUCGGUCUGGCCCUCCUGCUCACCGUCGAGACGUGGAUGCACGUUCGCAACCUCACCGUCGUCCACCCGACCGACAACCUCGAUCCCCCCUUCUACGAAACCUGCCAAUCGCCCAUCAAGAACACCCAUGAGCGAGCCAACGCGACAUUGGUCAUGAUGGCCCGCAACUCGGACGUCAAGGGCGCCAUCGCGAGCAUCCUUAACGUCCAGGACCGCUUCAACGACAACUUUGGCUAUCCCUGGGUCUUCCUCAACAACGAGGAAUGGUCCGAGGACUUCAUCGACCAGGUCACCGAGGCCGUACACCUGAGCAACAGCGGGGCCACGGCCAGGUUCGAGCUCAUUCCAUCCAACAUGUGGGGGUACCCGAGCUGGGUCGACAAGUCCAAGUCUCAGCGCAACAUGCAGCAGCUCGAGGACCAGGGCAUCAUGUAUGCCGGCAAGGAGAAUUACCACCACAUGUGCCGCUUCAGCUCUGGCUUCUUCUACGAUAUCCCCGCCCUCCAAGAGUACAAGUGGUACUGGCGCGUCGAGCCCGACAUCUCCUUCACCUGCGACAUCACCUACGAUCCCUUUUACGAGAUGGAGAGGACCGACAAGAAGUACGGCUGGGUCGUGGCGCUCUGGGAAAUUGAGACGACUGUGCCAACUCUCUUCCGCAAGAUCUCCGAAUACAAGAAGCUGGCCCGUCUUCCGACCACCCCCCAGUGGAAGUCGAUGCUGAUUCCGACCCGCGUGCCCUGGCCCUUCCGCUCGCUGUUCUACUCCAACAAGCCCGGGUACGACGUCAAUGGCGACCAGUGGAACUUUUGCCACUUCUGGUCCAACUUCGAGAUUGCCGACAUGGACUUCUAUCGUUCCGACGAGUACCGCAACCUCUUCCACUACCUCGACGAUGACGGCGGCUUCUACUACGAGAGAUGGGGCGACGCGCCCAUCCACAGUCUCGCUGCGGCGCUCCUCCUCCGCCCCGACCAGAUCCACCACUUCUCCGAUUGGGGCUAUAUCCACGGCGACUUCCAAUGGUGCCCGUACGGCCCUACCAUUGACAACAUGAAGAUGUUCCAGGUGGCCAGAGACCUCGACGGAAAGAAGCUUGCUGAUAUCCGCACUGGCCCGGAUGGCGACCUGGGCUGCAACUGCAAGUGCGACCCUGACAUCUCUGAGAUUGCUGCGAGGUGUUACAACAGCUGGCGAUCAUCAGUCGCAUAA